AUGAAAAGAAAACAGGAAGCACAUUAUGCUGUGGGAAUAGACCUUGGCACAACGUAUUCAUGUGUUGCAGUAUGGCAAGAAGAACACUGUCGAGUUGAAAUCAUUCACAAUGAUCAAGGCAACAGAACUACUCCUUCUUUUGUUGCUUUCACCGAAAAUCAGAGAUUGAUCGGUGAUGCUGCUAAAAAUCAAGCUUCUGCCAACCCUCAAAACACUGUCUUUGAUGCUAAGAGGUUAAUUGGUAGGAAGUUUAGUGAUCCUAUUGUUCAAGAUGAUAUACUUUUAUGGCCGUUCAAAGUCGUUUCUGGUGUUGACGACAGACCCAUGAUUACAGUUCAGUACAAAGAUCAAGAGAAGCAACUCUAUGCCGAAGAAGUAUCAUCUAUGGUACUCACCAAGAUGCGAGAAAUUGCUGAGAAUUAUUUAGAAUCACCGGUUAAGAAUGCUGUUGUUACUGUACCAGCUUAUUUUAAUGAUUCACAACGAAAAGCAACUAUAGAUGCCGGUGUUAUUGCUGGCCUCAAUGUGAUGAGAGUAAUGAAUGAACCUACUGCUGCAGCGGUUGCAUAUGGCCUUGACAAGAGAACUAACUGUGUUGGAGAAAGAAAUAUUUUUGUCUUUGAUCUUGGGGGUGGCACGUUUGAUGUGUCUUUACUAACCAUUAAGGGUAAUGCCUUCAAAGUUAAGGCAACUGCUGGAAACACUCACCUUGGUGGAGAAGAUUUUGAUAAUAGAAUGGUGAACUACUUUGUACAUGAGAUCAAGAGAAAGAAAAAAAUGGAUAUUAGUGGGAAUCCAAAAGCCUUGAGGAGGUUGAGAACUGCUUGUGAGAGGGCGAAAAGAUCACUUUCUUUCCUUGUUGUCACAGCUAUUGAGGUAGAUUCUUUAUGUCAAGGCAUUGACUUUUCUUCAUCAAUCAAUAGGGCCAAGUUUGAGGAAAUGAAUAUGGACCUUUUCAAUGAGUGUAUAAAGACGGUUGAGAUUUGUCUUACCGAUGCUAAGAUGGACAAGGGCAGUGUAGAUGAUGUCGUCCUUGUCGGUGGAUCUUCUAGGAUUCCGAAAGUACAAGAGCUAUUACAAGACUUUUUUAAUGGAAAGGGGUUGUGCAAGAGCAUUAAUCCUGAUGAGGCAGUAGCUUAUGGGGCAGCUGUUCAGGCUGCAUUGUUGAGCCAAGACGUUAAGAACGUCCCAAAAUUGGUGCUGCAGGAUGUUACACCUUUGUCUCUUGGAAGAUCAAUAACAGAAGAUAUUAUGCAUGUGGUGAUUCCUAAGAACACUUGCAUUCCUGUCAAGAAGACAGGAUCAUAUGUUGCAAGUCAAGAUAACCAAACCGGUGACACGAUUUUGGUUUAUGAGGGUGAGAGAGCAAGAGCCAGUGACAACAAUUUGCUUGGUUCUUUUACUCUUUCUGGCAUUCCCCCAGUUCCUCGCGGCAGCCCUCUCUCAAAUGUUUGUUUUUCUAUUGAUGAAAAUGGUAUUUUGACUGUUUCAGCUAAUAAUAAUGUUUCUGGAGUUUCAAACAAGAUUACAAUAACCAAUCACAGAGAUAGAUUGUCAAGUCAGGAAAUUAAAAAAUUGAUUCAAGAAGCUGAGAGUUACCAAAUUGAAGACAAGAAAUUCCUAAGGAAAGCCAAAGCGCUGAAUGCAUUGGAUGACUACAUUUACAAAAUGAGAAAUGUUUUAAAGAAAAAGGAUAUUAGUCUAAAGCUCUCCUCUCAAGAAAUUGAGAUUAUCGAAUCUUCAAUUACUGCGACUACAAAUUUGAUUGAUAACAAUAACCUAGAGGUAGAAAUAGAUGUUUUGGAGGACCAUCUAAAGGGACUUAAGAGUACCAUAGAAGACAUUUUAGCUAAGACUAUUUAUUUUUUGUUUCAUUUUUUCUCAACUAAGAUUUUGAGGUGUGUUUUGCUGUUUAGUAGGUAUUAUAUAUUACUUUAG